GAAAAAGACAUCUGUGGUUGCUGGCUGCCGCUGGGUGUAUUGAUAAAUCAUUGGUCCUCUAAGAACAGCAACCACUAAACUGAGUUCAAUUGCUUCCCUCCACAUAUUUCCACCUGGAUAAUACAACAUGACAUGGCAUUCAUAUAUUGGUUCCAAAUCAUUCUUUGGAUAGAAUACUUGUAUUCUGGAUGCUCCAAAAAUGAUCUGAGUCUCCCCUCACCCAUAUUUCCAUCAAUUUAACCAACCUGAACUGAACCACUGGGAAAAACAAAAACCCUUCAGCUAAAAAAUGGCAUCCAUCUCCGUUUCUUCAGCUCCAUUCCUUUGCACGGCCACCCUUCCCAGCCAGUCUCAGGUGACUUCCCAGCGGAGACUUGUCAUUGCAAAUGCUGCUAAAGUGGAGGAGAGUGUUAAGCUGAGCUGUGAGGCCAAGAAGGAGUGCAGCAGCAAUGGCAGGAGAGACUUGAUGUUUGCUGCAGCUGCUGCCGCAGUUUGCACCGUGGCUGGCGUUGCAAUGGCAGGAGAGCCAAAACCAGGCACGGAAGAAGCCAAGAAGCUGUAUGCUCCAGUCUGUGUCACCAUGCCUACUGCUAAGAUAUGUCACAAGUGAAGAGUCUUUGUCUUGGAUUGGCUGUAAUUUUCCUUUUCUUCAAUUCAGCUCAAGACCUGAAAAAUGAAUGAUUGUUCAAUCAAUCACUAUUGAAAUUUGCUUUCUCUCCCUGAUAGAGAUUUAUCAUUGGAUAUUUGGUGUAACAAAAAAAUAGAUAUAUUAUGUUUAAGUGUUUCGAAAAAAAAUCUAUUUUCCAU